AUGCCUUCUGCAGCAGGCAAUCCAGAACUACCAACAGCAGUUAAUAUAACUUGGUCUUCAAUCAAUUUUAAAACUAUACUUCAGUGGCAACCAAAACCAUCAGGUUACUUCUAUACAGUAGAAAUACACGGACAGACAUCCAACACCAAAAAAAAAUGCAUACUGACAGCAGAUACAGAGUGUGAUGUUACUGAUGUGCUCAGGGAUGUAAGAGAGACCUAUACAGCACACAUACUGUCUGUAACAUCCUCAGGGAUGGAUAACUUUGAAGAACCACCUUUUGCAGUCUCUGAAAAAUUUACACCUUACAAUCAGACUGUUCUUGGAAAACCGGAGAUACAGAAUUACACACAAAAGGGUUCCGAACUGAAUGUUGUGUUCCAAGAUCCACUUACACCAUAUACAUUUCCUAAUGGGAGCUUUCAAAGUAUUCGAGAUAUUUUCCAACAUGACCUGGAAUACAAGCUCUAUUACUGGAAAGAUCAAAGUUCUGGAAAGAAAGAUACAACAACAAAAAGCCAUAAAUUUGAAGUAGGUGUUGACAACACAAAGAACUAUUGCUUCUACAUACAGGGAAUCAUUCCCUCCCGCAGAGAAAACCGUAAUGGUCAAGAAAGCAUGGUGGUUUGUACCAGUAUAGAAAGAGGUACUUUAGAUGAAUACGGAGCAGAAGUCUUUAUCAUCAUAGCAGUGAUAGCAAUCGCGGUCAUCACUCUUGCUGUUGUCCUGUCAGUGAUCCUGUGUAAACGCAAGAAAGCAAAAGCUGCUAGAGAAAAGGAACCUCUUAAUGGUGUCUGA